AUGUCGAUUAAUUGGGUGAUGCUCCAUGAGCGCGACACCUUUGUUCGUCUUCCCAAUGAACAAUUGAUUUAUACAUCGCCUCCUCGUACCAGUUUCGCCUUGCAACCCCUGCCUUCGUACACUGGUAGAGAUUCAUUAUCGCUUCAAAGCAGUACUGGACGAGUCUAUCUUACGUCUCAGCGGGUUGUAUACAUCCCUGCUCAGACGUCCAAAGACCUAGAAUCAUUCUCAGCGCCACUUCUCAACAUUCACGAUUCUCACGUUUCUUCCCCCUUUUUCGGUCCGAAUGCAUGGAUCGCUUUAGUCCAGCCCGUAGCCGGGGGUGGGAUUCCCCCGUCGUUGGCUGCAGUGCAGCUGAAAGUGACUUUCAAAGAAGGAGGGGCCUUUGAAUUUCACAAUCAAUUCGAGCGCAUUAAAGAACGCCUCCAGCAUGCAGUUGAGAUAUCCCGAGAAACCGGGCGGGGGCCCCGAAAUGUCGAUAUGACCAAUGUCCACUUGGAUGAACUGCCGGCUUACCCUGGUCCCCAGAGCGGCGCAAGUGCAAGUACUCACAAUAGCAGCCAGAGAGAUCCUCCAAGAGAUGCUCAAGGUGUUCCAGAAACUGGCGCCGAACCUAUGGGGCCACCUCCAGGUUAUGAGGAGGUCCAGCAGCAGAGCGUUGCUAAUGAACUCGAAGCAAGGCUACGUCAAGCAAACUGA